AAAAUGAUCAUCCCCUCUCGUUAGUCGUGGUCCUCCGUCGUCCCCACCACAAUUCUCCAUGACAACAAAGAACCAUCGAGAGUCGGGAUAGUGUGUACCCCAUUGUUUGUUGCCACAUCUAAUUUCCAAGUUUGUUUGAUUUAAAAAAUUAUAAUAAUAAUAACAUUGAUUAAAAAUAAUCAUUUAUACAUAUAAAUACCCAUCACUCUCUUGGGAUUCAGCUGAUUGUACAAUCGAAAAAGGUAUCCGAUAUUCUCUCCGCAUAGGUACCGUUUAAUUCCACCAUUUUUUCCGACAAAAUGCCUACAGGAAAGCUUGAAGUCCUCCUUGUCAGCGCUAAAGGCCUCCAAGACACCGAUUUCUUCACAAAAAUGGAUCCUUAUGUGACAAUCACAUGUAGAACUCAGGAGCAAAAGAGCAAUGUCGCAUCAGGACAAGGAUCUUCACCUGAAUGGAAUGAGACAUUUGUAUUUUCUGUUUCUGGUGAAGUGGAAGAACUUGUGAUCAAGAUAAAGGACAGUGAUGUUGGAUCUGAAGAUGAUCUUGUGGGAGAGGCUAAAAUUCCACUUGAGACAUUGUUCGUGGAAGGAAAUAUCCCACCAACACCAUACAAUGUGGUCAUUAAUGAUGAAUUCUGUGGGGAGAUUAAAGUUGGCCUUCAAUUCAUUCCAGAGGAUACAAAUGAAGACGGGUAUCAUCAACAUGGUGAAGAGGGAAACUUUGGAGGAUGGAAAGAAUCUUCAUAUUAAAACAAUGGAUCAUAAUUUUAUAUUUAUUGAUCGGUAUCAGUUGUGUUAUUUUUAAUUUUUUUUUUUAACUUUUUUCUGGAAAGAAAAAAAAAACAAAAGUGAAACUUUGGCGACUUUCCUCGUUGUUUUAGUUCGAGCUUUGUGUGUGCUUGAUUUUAUUGGGGAUUAUUUGACUUUAAGUUGAACGAAAAUUGUGUUUGUGAUUUGUAUACAUUAAUCCUUUUUUUUUCUAUGUUAAAGAGACUUUUUUUGUUAAGUUUUAGGAUAAUUGUUGUAUAAGCAAG